CUCUUGAAAGUUAUGCUGAAGGUCGGCCGUAGGGGCUAAACUAAGGUCUGUGUAAUGUGUAUUGGAUAAAUUUCAUUUAAAUACAAAUACAGUAACAAAUUCUUAUAAAAAAUGCAACCAAUAACUAUAUUUAUGGAUAUCGAAAGCUCCCGUUCAUACAUUGAUGAAUUAUAUUCUUCUGAUGCGGGGAAGGUGCUGGAGGCCUUGAUUGCAUUGAAAAAUUCAGUCAUUGGAAGCAAUCGCCAAAAAAGUUCAGUCAUCCAACAAGGCAUCGUACCAAGAUUGUUGCAGUUGAUGUCUGGACAAAAUAUGGAUCCAAAUAUUAAACUGGAAGCGACCAUUACAAUUGGUUCAUUAGCUAAAGGCACACCGGAUAAUGUGGCAUUGUUAAUAGAGCAAGGUGCUGCCACAGCUCUAGUGGAUAUAUUAAAAGAAGUGCCAAUUGGCACUAAGCUAGCAGAAGCCUGUCUUUGUGCCCUGAGGAGUAUAUUUACAACACCCCCAGCACCACUCUCUGCAUUGCCAGCGGAAAUGAGGCUUUUGUCAAGGCUGACACAGAUUGCCCGAGAAGGCUCUACAACAGCCCGAGCUUGUGUUGUCCGUAUACUGUCAAUAUGGUGCACCGGUGCUGUGGAACAAGAAGCUUUAUGUGCUGCAGGUGCUUGUUCAGCUAUCGCAGCACUGUUAGGCUCUCGGGGAAAUAUAACACCUUCUACUGCAAAAGUGUUGCCAGCGUUGGACUUAUUAGCUGCUAUGUGCUUUGAAAAUGCAAAUGUUGCACAAGUCACAUUGACCACAAAAUAUUGUGAUAAGUCAAUACCAGAUUUACUGACUCAGCUGGUGUCCAGAGAUAAACCGUUAUCAGUUGCAAUGGGAGCUGCGAGAUGUUUAACAUUCAUACACAGAGCGGGGGCGCUGUCUGCCGAAGAUAACAGAGUCGUGUUUGGAGCACUGCCAUGUCUGGCUCGUUUGUGUACGAAGGACAUGCCCGAAGAUAUUCGCGCCACAGCCGCCGAAACUUUGGCGUAUUUAGCCGAGGUUGACACAUCAUUACAAAGACUAGCAGCCAUUUCGAAUCAUCUGAUGAGCUCACUGGCAGAAAUAGUCAACUGUCCCUCAGCGGCGGCCAAACAAGGCGCGUUCAAAUGUUUCGCGUCGCUGGGAGCCAAUGACGAAGAUAUACGCAAGAGGAUCAUCGAGACACACGGCUUGAUGGUGCAUGUUGUUAAUGGAAUGAACAAUCCAGAACCUUCGGUUAGAUUAGCGGCCGUGAGAUGUCUUCAUUCACUAUCAAGAUCUGUCCAGCAAUUGAGGACGACAUUUCAGGACCACUCAGUUUGGCGACCUCUGAUGCAACUGCUGACAGACUCGCCGGGAACCGAACUGCUGACUGUCGGCUCCUCGACUCUCUGCAAUCUGUUGCUGGAGUUCUCACCUGCCAAAGAACCUAUGCUUGACCAAGGUGCUGUGGAGAUGCUGUGCAGUCUCACCAAGCGGCCGGAAGCGGCGCUGCGACUCAACGGCAUCUGGGCUCUCAUGAAUAUGGCUUUUCAGGCUGAACAUAAAGUGAAGCAGCGUAUCUUGUGCUGCCUGGGCACGGAGCAGAUGUUCCGUCUGCUGAGCGACCCUGACACGCGCGUCAUCAUGAAGACCCUGGGCCUGCUGCGGAACCUGCUGUCUACGCGGCACCACAUCGACGCCAUCAUGAGCGAGUACUCCUCGCAGGUCAUGCAGGCAGUUAUAGUGGUGUUAGAAGGAUCAUAUCCUGCGGAGGUGAAGGAGCAAGCAUUGUGUAUACUGGGCAACAUUGGGGAUGGAGAGAAGGCGAAAGACCUAAUUAUGGCAAACGAGGAUGUUUUAAGGAAAUUGGUCGACUAUUUGGCUCAUCCAGAAAGUAAGCUGCAAGAGGCUGCGCUGUUCGUAGCCGGCAACCUGGUCUGGCGCGGCGAGGCCGGCUGUGCGGCGCGACAAGCGAGGCUGGCGGAGCUCGGCGUGCUGCGGGCGCUCAAACUGUUGCGACAGAGACAGGACGCGGCACAUCUUCACGACAAAGUAAAGACAGCGCUGGCACAGUUCAACGAAUUGUAAAACGGGUGUAGUGGUUCGAGGGCACCUCUCCAUACUUUAUAUGUGAUCUAUCCUCCGGGCAGUGAGUUAUCGAGUCAUCGUAGUGUUUAAGGCUUACUGUAUAUAGAUAAGGUACCAAUAUUAUUGUUACAAUGGUGAAAAUGUUAUGACUAUUUAUUUUAGUUUAUCGCGUUGUUAGUUGUUCAUUCGCGACCAUUUUGUUAUCAAACCCACGUAUUUUUUUUAUUAACUAACGAGGCAUUGAUACUCUGACAUAUAUAUAUACUAUCCAGACUUAGAAUAUACUAUCAUAUAGACAGUCUAACAGGCCGAUAAUGCGUUACAAUUUGUUUAUUUUUCAAUGUGUGCGUUAGGGGUUUAAUAUUCAAAAUACUAAAGGAGCUAAUUCUUGGUAUUGGCUGACCGUCAUGUGACGUUACAUUAACAGAUUAGCUUUCCUUUUCUAUCUCUUCUGUUUGUCUAUACACUAAUAUAUUGUAAGUUUAUGUUCCAGAUACUAAUGCUACUUUUGUCAAACAAUAAUGGUGAUAUAACAAAUUCAAUUAAAUUGAAUUUUUUAAUGUUUGAUGCCUUGUAUACAUGCCAGUAGCAUCGCCGAAUAAAAACGAAAAGUCUCCCCCUUUCUUUCACUUGCAACGAUGAACGGUUUACUUUUUUUUCGUUCGUUAGCUAAUUUUCGGCCAUUCCGUUCUUUAUAUGUAAACCCCGCGCGUUGACACAGGGACGCAACCUUGCCGUAUUAAAGUUUGCGUGAAAACACGCUCUGAGUUCAGUGCCAGUUGUGUGUUUUAAUACUCUGAGGUUAAUAUUAUUAUUAUUCCAAUGUAGGUUUCUUACAAGAUAAACGGUAAUGUGCAAGCACUAUUGUGUUCCGGUCCGAAAGGUGCCGUGGCUGGUGAAAUUACAUCUUACAACUUAAAGUGACGAGCGCAGUGGGAAUUCUUUGCUAUGCUUUUUCAAAAAAUGCUGAGCGUCAUAAAUCAUCUCAGCCUUUUGAAUUUUGAGUAGGCUUCCCUAAAACGCGAAUAUGAAUUCUAAAACAUAUUGAUGGCACCGGCUCAAGUUUUUGCGCCACCUUUUCUGAGGGUAGUAUUUAGUAAAUGACUGGACGUGACGUCACUAAGAUGAUGUCUUGCCCCAUCACAUCGCGCGGGGUAAUACUGUUUUAAUGAUAAGUUUUAUAAAUUCUUAUUAUUAUUGUGAAAGCUUUAAGCAAAAUGCAAGGCGCGUACAAAUUUUUAUGUAGGUCAAGAUGUAUACUUUCGGUGCAGUGAAGCAUGCGAGAUGCUUUCUAGUAUUAGCUUACGUAAUCGGAAACUAAUGGGUCCACAGGUUUUCCUAUUACGCGGGUAUUGCACAUUUAAAUAAUAUAAUUUACUUAUUUUUUGGUCUUCUGAUGUAAAUAAAUAAUUCUUUUUUCAGUCACCGAUCUCUUCCAGUCCGUACUAAAAUAAUAAUUUAUCGAAUAAUUACUAGGAAAUCCAUAGUCUUAAAUCAUUAAUACUAUGUAACUCAAGGCGCAGAGUAUUUCGUAUCGUUACAGAAAUUUUGCGUUUUAUAAAAUAAAGAAAGAAAUACAAAGAAAUUCGUCAUAACUGUUUAUAUUUUGACGUAUUAGGACUAAAGGGUUGAGAAAGUCUCAGUAUAAUCCUGCAAAUAAUUUAUACCACCGUAAUAACAGCUAAAUUUAUGGCUAAGUUCACAUGACCCCGCGGUAACACACGGCGAUUGGCGUAUUCAAAUGACAAGCAUAAAUAUUGUGCGCGCGGUAGUCUGACAUCAGCAUAUUUUAUUGAUAUAUGAUAGAAUUGAAAGUAGCAUAAUUUUAACUGUUUUUUAUUUAGCUAAAAUUUGAAGAAUCUCAACCUUGUAAAAAUCGUAAUGGAUAUAACCACGAUAUUAAUGUGUUUCUAUAAUAUUAGCUAGAUCGAAAUUGUAAUCAAAUACGUCCACUUAAUAAAAGUGGUGUUGGUACCUACUCACCAGUAAUUUUCUGUUUAGUGGUCAUCAAUUGUCAAAAUACUAUGUAUGUUCUAACUGUAUAUGUACAUAAGAAUCGAGCAGUUGAAAUUUACAUAAAAUAUAUUUAUUAAAUCUUCUAUGAAAGUGCCUUUCUAAUAGCGCAUCCUAUUAACGUGACAACUGAGCCGAAAGUGCGUAAUUUCAACCUAGGAUGAAGUAUUAACUGGAUUCGCCCGGUGCGUACACCCAAAAGUGAAACAAACUUACGCGACAAAAAAGCAGUACAACAUGGUAGACUACUAAUUACAAUGGUAGACAAGCUUGAUUUUUGCUUCGGGAAUGACCUUUGAACAUAUUACUGAUUUCUUAAAAUAAUAUACUUAUUAUUGUGAUAAAAAGUAAUAUUUUUUACAUAUUUAUAUUUCUAAUUAUUAAUGGACUUAUUAAUGGAUUAUGAUCACUACAACCUCUUCUUGCGACCAAGAAAGAAAACAAACUCUGACAAAGACAGAAUAUAAUAAUGUUUACUAGUUUUUUUCAAUCCUUUUUGUUGUGAUCUCGUUUAUACAUUAAUUAUUUUGUGUGUCACAUCGGGGUUUAUACUUCCUCCUAGUUUAUUACGUACAAAUAUAGAGAUGGAAAAGUUGUAUAUAAAUUUCUGACAUCAGUUUAAUUAUUUUGUGUAUUAUUGUUAUAUAUUGACUAUUGAUUAUUUUGAUGAAAAACGAUACUGACUACUUCCAACAUACAAACUAUCUGACUGUAUUGAUCUUUUUAAAGUCUUUACGAAUCGUAGUUAUCUAAGAAAAAAUAAAUGAAAUAUGAUGAUUUUGGUGCAUUUCAUUAUCAGAUUUCACCCUUGUAAAAAACAAAUAGUUGACUUCAAAAACUUAGCAAAAGGCUCUUCACCCGUUAAUUGUUAUAAAAUUAGCAUUCAAAAAAUUUCGUCGUUUUUCUUGCUGACUCCAAAAUGUAAGGCAGUUAUAGGCGAAUUAUUGUUUAAGGAUAAAAUGCCUUAAAUAGUUCGUUCAAUUUGUUGUAUCUAUAUGUAUAUACGUUUUUAAAUGUUGAUGUAUAUCGUAUUCAAUAUAAUUAUCAUUGUCUUGCACCCGUAGUACAGGCUAUGUCUAGUUCGGAGCAAGAUUAUUUGUAUAAAAAUGUAUUAAAUAUAAUUAAAAAGAACCUGUGUAUUGUAUUGAUAACGGAUAUUAAGAUGGUGGUUGAGACUGAGGUAGCAAAAUAAACAAAUACUACGUUAAUACUACUAAACGGAUUAAAAAUAAAAUGUUGUAAGACAUAUCAUUCGCAGUCUGACAGCGGAACGACAAAAGUGUGCUUUAAGACUUAGUCAUGUGUCAACUGUCACUGUCCGAAUAAAAUAUGUUUUACAUUGCUGCUUAUUCGCCAAGAAUAUUUUAACUACUGGAGUAAAUGGGGCAAUGUAUACAUAUAGCAGUCGAAUAUAUAGAUAUCGCAGAAUGUUCCAUAUUUCGGCUCCGUUUAUUUACGACGUGAUAUGUCUAUAUGUAUAGAAAACGUCAUUGUGUUAUAUUCAUAAAUUAGGGUAUACAUUUAACCUUAAUCUUGACUUAGUAUAUCAGAAACAGUAAGAGCGCGACUUGUUAUAAAUAAUGUUCUUUGUAAUCUUUAUAAUGAAGUACUUAUAUACAAUUCCUCUGCAGAAUUAAAGGACUCAGGUCUAAAAUUGAAUUGAUUAGUAGUAAUUUAAUCUUUUUAUUGCAUAAUAUGUAAUUUUAAUUAUGUAAGUAUUCUUUUUUGCUAAAAGAGAGUACUUUGCGGGUAGGAGCUAUUAAAGGCGUCGAUUGUUUGGGACACGACAGAAGUUGUAAUUAUAACAAUUUGUACGCGCAAUUUCUGUCUAUGUGGCAGAUUUCGUUUAAACCACGGACUAGUAAAAAAAUAAGGACUCCGUGUCACCUUACAUAACAGUGGAGCACCAAAACAAGCCGAUUAACGUGUAAAUACAUAGCCGCACGCACACACUUACACUACCACAGGCCGAUAGGCGGCCAUUAUGAGAAUUGUCAUCGUCUGUGACAGAUCAGUUUGCGUCUCAAUAAAAUAUUUUAGAAAUGCCGUCGUGCGUUGUGAAAAAGUGUAAAAACGAUACUAUAUAAGUAUUUGUGGCCAUAUAUGAUUAUUUAAGGGAGAAAAAAUUGUGUAACAAGUAUCCCGCGUAACCACACCCACUCCAGCAUAACGGUGCUUCACUUGCUAAUAUCACGGCGCGGAGUCCUUCUUUUUUUACUCGUCCGUGGUUUAGACAUGUUGACAUAUUUCUUUUUAGAACUAUUACAAGAAUAAGUUCUUCACGAAUUAAGAUUCGCCUCAUGAGUUUAUAAUUAAUGAUCCAAUUAAAUUACAGCAUGAUAGUAAAAAUACCAAAUAGAUUCUCAAUUUAUUGUAUGAGUAGUAUGUAACUGUUAAUUAUUAAGUAAUGUUAUGAAAUCGUAACAAAGCUAAAACUAUACGUCUAAUAUUAUUUUUUAAGAAUACUUGCAGUGUUUUCUACAGUACCGUAUCCAAAAAUGUACUUUAUAGAAUUUUUGUAUAUCUGUAUGUAUGUACUAGCAAAACGCAAAACUACUGUAUAGAUUACAUGCAACAUGCAGACAUAGUAUUUUGCUGCUAUAGCGGGCGAAUCCGCGGGCAGCAGCUAUAUUUCUUCUGUGUAAUUAUUACAAUAUACACUUAAAUUGAAUAGAUAGUAAUUAUUUGAUGAUUUAUGUAGAUAAAGAAAUGGUUAAAACAUUGACUGAGUAAACUCUUAACUACGCGAAACCAUUAGAAAUAAAUAUUAUGAUGAUUUAUAAAAGUUUGUUGGGAAAAAAAUACUUAUCCAAUAUUAUAUUAUCAAUUAUUAUUAGACCUGACUAUUAAUUUACAAAUAAAUGAAACAGCGUAACGCUUAUAAACUUAAUAUUACCUUUAUCGCAAUUGCUAAAGAACAUAAUUACUAUUAUAAGAGUUUGUCCAAAAAAUUGUCAAAAAAGUUUAUAAAUAUAUUGAGGUGUAAGGUGAGCUCAUUAGAAUUUUUGCGUCAAUGCUGGAAUAGAAGGAGAAAUUGCGCUAUUUAUAGUAGAAUUGAUAAGCUAACAAUGCUUAAAUAAUAUUAUACUUUGCAUAUUUAAAUAUAAAUCUUGGCGCGGUUUUUUCUUCUGUCAUAGUAUGUACAGUAAUGUAAAACUUGUUAAUUUGGUUUAUAUACGGCACUUGACAACGUCAUAAUAAUUUGUUUAUUUCGUCAGUUAAAUUAUAUGAACAAGAAUAUAA